AUGCACCGGAGGUCCUCGCUAGGGGGGCUCUGGGGGCUGCUGGGGCCGCAUUUGGAAAGCCAGCAGGUGAACCAGGCCCUGAGCCAGCAUUUCCAUCCUCACCACCUUCUCUGCAACAGCCCAGGCUGGGAGGUGCUGGGGCUGCUGGUGUGGGCCCUGAUUGCCGACACCCCGUACCACCUGUACCCGGCCUACGGCUGGGUCAUGUUUGUGGCUGUCUUCCUCUGGCUGGUGACAAUCGUCUUCUUCAUCCUCUACCUGUUUCAGCUGCACAUGAAAAUGUACAUGGUGCCCUGGCCGCUGGUGUUAAUGAUAUUCAACGUGGGCGCCACUGUUCUCUACAUCACGGCCUUCAUCACCUGCUCUGCUGCCGUCGAGCUGACGUCACUGAAGGGCACCCGGCCCUAUAACCAGCGUGCGGCGGCCUCUUUCUUUUCGUGUUUAGUGAUGAUUGCCUACGGAGUGAGCGCUUUCUUCAGCUUCCAGGCCUGGCGGGGAGUGGGCAGCAAUGCAGCCACCAGUCAGAUGGCUGGGGGCUACGCCUAGACCGCCCGUGCCAUGGCCCACCUUGGGGCUGAAGGCUGCAGCCGGGUCCCAGCGUGGGGCGGCCCGUGAGCCCGAGGCCUGAGCCCUCUGUGGAGUCGGCCUGGAAGGGACUACACUUGCUCUGCUCAUCAGACUCGGGCUCACCCAGCACUCCUAAGGAAUCAGGAUCCAUCCUCUGGUUUGGCCCAAGUCAGCACGCACAGGGGCUGGAAGGAGGCCAGUGGCUGAGACCGUCUGCCCAUCGUCCGUGUUUAGUGGAAGGUGACGGGGGAUAAAGGGCUGUCAGUGUCUCUGCUUUGUCUUUUGACUUCAGUGUCCCAGGCUGGGGCCCAGGCUUCUCACCAACACUAAGUGCACUAACAAGGACUCCAGACCUGCAGCCCCCGACCCUCCGUAGGAUAAGCCUAACAAGCUACAUGUAUUUAUCUUAGUCUUUGUUCUGGGACUGCAGAGCAAGUUUUCAAAACCGGUCUGAUUCCUUAAAACACAAUUUGUUUCUUCGUAAGUAGGCUCCAUGCCCCGCGUGGAGCCCAGUGCAGGGCUUGAACUCACGACUCUUGAGACCUGAGCUGAGAUCAAGAGUUGGCCACUUAACCGGCUGAUCCCCCCACGUGCCCCCCACGACCACCACCUUAAAACACAAUUCUGACUUGACCCUCCCCCAAACCAGAGGCUGCUUCAAGGGGGACCUUUGUGGAAAGAGGGUUAUGGUAUCUGACGGCAUGGUCUUCCUUUCCUGCAUUCCAAAUGUGUGAGUGAUUUCAAACAAUCGGUUGGAAGCAACUUCUCAGUGAUGAAAUACCCAGCCAGCCUUCCUCCCUCUCCCUAGCCCUUGUUUUAAUACUCCCCUGGGGAAAAGCUAACCAUGCUGACUGCUUCCCUGACCCUGCUGAGGCGGCACGGGGGCCAUGGAGGAGGGAGAGGGAACCGGGACCUUGCCUGGUGAGUUGUCCUGUGCUUGGUGGUGACUUUGUUUUUUUGGUUUUUUUUUUUUUCCAAAAAUAAAGAUGGAAGAACUUAUUUGGAAAAGGUG